AUGCGCACCAUUCUCCCCCUCCUCUUCCUCUUCGGCAGCGCGGUCGCCGAUCCCAUCUUCUAUCGGGACCUCCACGUCGCCCGGGCGGAACAGAAGCCUCCGGCUCAUGAAGUGGAGUUAGCGGCCGAGACGAGCCCAACCGCUCCGGCUGAGGCAGGCGCAACAGCUCCGGCUGAGGCAAGCGCAGCUGCUCCUGGUACCGAGGCCGCCACGCCGGCUAGUAAUGGCACGGCAAUUGGGGAAGUCGGGCACGAGGCCCUCUACACCCUGGCGGAUGGCACACUCGCGAUGAAUAUUAGCGUCGGUACACCGCCGCAGCAUAUCCUCGUCGCUCUCUCCUUCGACGAGAACCCGUCGGACCUCCGUCUCGCGACCCUCGACACUGUCACUCCCGUGGCUCCUACUGCCGCUCCUGAGUCCUCACACACUGCCCCUGAGGCCCCCGUGAAUGCCACAAAGCGCUGGGCACCCAGCGACGAGGUCGUCGACGCCAGCAAGGAGGCAGUCGAUGCCAUGGCCGAGGACACCACUGACAAAGGCGGACCCAGCGACAGAACCACCAGCGGCGGUCAGAACCCUCCUAAUGAUAUCGCCGAUAUCACACAGGAGGCAGUCGACGUUAUCCAAGCGACAGACGACACCACGGACGACAAGGCUGCCGACAAUGAGGCCGAGGCAGGAGACACCAAGGCUGACGCAAUGUACGCACCUAGUAAGGAGGUUGUGGAUGCCAGUAAGCAGGCACAGGAUGAGACGGAGGCCUUAGUCGCCCAGAAAGACCUCUUCAACCCCGGACAGAGCAGCACCUUUCAGAAGGGGAAUGAGACCGCCGGUUCCGACGUUCAGCAGGGGACGAUCGCGGCUGACACCGUGACAGUCGGCACGGUUUCGAUCGUGGACCAGCCCUUCGUUCUCCAACCUGGCUCCCUCUCCAGCGCGGCAGGUGCCCUCUCCCUCGGCCUGCGCGGUGACAGAGUCUCUCUGGGCGGCCUUGCCUUCUACCGUGCGCUUGCGGCGCAUUGGCCCGCCCUAGAGAUGGGCCUCUUCGUCGCUUCCAAGUCAGACGCUACGCGUCCCCUCGAGAAUGCAGGCGAACUCACCCUCGGCGGCCUCAACCCCGCACUCUACGAGGGCGAGAUGAUGUUCCUCCCUGUGCACAAGAACCACUGGGCGCUCAAGUUCACCUACCUCGGCCUCAACUUUGAGCCGAUCAUGGUCAACGGAACGUACACCAAUGCCACGUACAACGCGGCCGAGGGCGUCACCCACCAGCGUCGGCACGUCGAGGAAGGUCCUGCCGCCGCGCUCUGGUUCGGCAACGGGAGCCUCCUCGACCCCGAGCUCAGCCACAAGCUUCUCGCCGGUAUCCCCGGCUCCAGCCGCACCACUACAGUCUCGGGAACGGAGUAUACUGUUCCCUGUGAUACGAACGCUACGCUCACCUUCACUCUGGCAGGGUACAACUUCUCCCUCGCCCCAGAGGAUUGGAUCUACCGCAUCCCGAGCUCGGGUGGCGCCUGCGCAACGUACUUCAAGCCAAUCACGGAUACUGAGCGCCAGAAGUACGGGUAUGGGCCCGAUACGCUCAUUGUGUUCGGCCUCAACGCCCUCCGUACCGUGUACACUGCAUUCCUCCUCGGCAAUGGAACCGAGCCGCCCCAGAUCGGAUUCGCAAAGCUUAGCCCUGCUGCUUUGGCCGUCGUUCCCACGCAGUUCGGGCAGGGGAGCCCGAUUCCGGGCGCAAGCCAAGGGCCCAUCGUCACCGGCACCGGAGCGGGUCCACAGGCGUCCGCGCCCGCUGGUACCACCAAGACCUCGGCUGCGCUCCGUCCUGCAGGCCACGUUUGGGUCGUCCUCAUUGCCGCUGCCCUUGCGGCCGUUGUGCUUUGA